GCUUGGCUCAAUGGGCAGUAUUCAAUUUCUCCGCGUGCCCCUUCGGCGUGCGCCAUGGAAUGGCAACCGGACCCUCACGCCGACGGCACAGCAGCAUUGCAGAGCGCAGAAUCUGGCCAGGGCCCACCAGCGGGCGAGGUCGGAUCUGCCGGGCGAGACGUUGAAGACCUCGCAUCAUCGCGGGACUCGGUGCCUUCAGGUUCUCACGACAAGCCAGAGGAGGUGCACGAGGCCACGCGCCAGGCUGUGCAGGCAGACUCGCAGGGCAACGACCUGGAGCUGGCCGAGAUUCCCAGCACGAGCACCACCUUCAGCGAGCUGAUCACGCAGCAGUACCGCAAGCGCGAGGACAGUUUCCUUCGCGGACUCGUGCUCCAGGAUACUUCGGCGGCCCUGCCUCGAGAGUCUGGGCAGUCGCGUCGCCAGGGAGCAGCGGCGCGGUGCGACGCCGUUUUGGCUGCUGCCAGGAAGCUUCCGAUGCACUGCGCCGCUGAGGUGCGGCACUGCCUCGUGCCCAUGCUUUGCAUGUUGAUACCUACGGUAUCGAAGCGAUUCACUCUCCAAAUCCAGCUCGAUCUUAGCAGAGACUACAGUGGCUUAAUGGACGACGUCGCUUUCGCAGACACCAACUCGCUUACUGGUCUCUGCCUCAGAUGGAUGGAGUCUUCGAUCAUUCAGAUCGGGGUUUGGGGAACUGUAGUGACUUGGCUGUGCACUUUGUGGUCUGCCAGAGUGAUGAGGUCACUUCUCAUACGAUGCGGUUUGCCCGCCUUUGGGUGCUGCAUUAUCCUAUCUGGCAUCUAAACUGUUCCGAUGCAUUACUUUCAUGUCUCCGUGGUCGUGAAGAAGGUCUGCCAAGCCACGUUUAUCGUACUUGCCGCGGUCGGUUUAGCCUUCUUGGUCGCACGGGGUGGCCAACUCACUUUCAACCCUGCGUUCAAGUUCAUUGGGGUGGUACUCUUUGCUUUGGUCUUGACGGCUUCAGUCAUGAGCAACGCAGUGGUUGGUAUCGCAGUUGGGCCAGAUUGGAUGAAGGCUCUCUUCGUUGGCUUCGUCAAUCCCGUGGUUUGGGAAAUCGUUUUCAUAACGCCUGCCCGUUUUCUCGCAAGAACACUCUGGCACAAUGACGCAUCAACUUCUUUUAUCAUCGUGCCCUUGUUCGUCUUCGGUAAGCAAUACAUGGGGCGGUCAAUUGCUGCCCUCGUUGACAGUCCAAGCGUGCUGGUCGUUCUUUCUGCCCUGAAUUGCAUUUGGGAGGUGCUUCUGCGAGUGUCGCUGCGCUGCCGGGAUAGAUGCUUGUAUCAGUGGGUAUUCUCCAGCCAAUUGCCACCUGGGAAAGACGCUGCAGCCAUGCUCUCGUACGACAGGAACAGGCGGAUGAGGGCACUCAACUCCAUGUCUGAAUCGAUCGGCGAGAUUGUCGCGACAUGGAAUGGCGUUGCCAUGAUCAUAUUGCUUGAUGUAUCUGUGGACGGGGAGUCUCCGAUGAAUCCAUGGAAGGCCGUGCAGGCAGGAUUCGUGCAGAGCGCGUUCGAGCUUCUGACUGAUGUGGUCUCCGUGCUGCUGCUUUCCUAUUUCGGCAUACACAUACUGGAUCUUGCUGGCAGACGCUACUGGUACUGGUCCGCCGCGCUGGCCUGUCCUGUCUUGGCCAUGUCCUCCUUUGGUCUCAGGGCACUGUUCAGCAAGGCGCUGUGCCACGAUCCUGGGUUCCGUGAAGCUACUUUCGUCGUGUGUCGGAGGCUGUAAGGGGGCGCGGUCCCGAGACGUUUGUGUUGCGCACAGGGUUGACCUGUUCCAGAUUUGUCAGCAGUUGGGCCUCAGGCCGUAUGGAGCGUCGAAGUCGUUGUGAUGAGCCUUGUGGCACUCAUCUCGGCAAGGUGCCUGCGCACGUUUGCAUUCGGCUUGACAUCUUAUUGCCAGCCCUCAGUUGAUUGGGCCAUCGUUCAGAGCGGAGUUUCUGUGGCUGGCCUCUCCUCCCGCCUCUUGCUGCCCUCUCCCCCUCCCCUUGCCGUCUUCCUCUCCCGUCGCGUCUCCCACCUCCUUCGUCUUGGCCCCACGUCCACCGCUGUCCUGCACCCCUGGGGGGAGUCCAGCAGGGUGCUGCGCUGCGCACGUGCAGGGUGAGACCCCGCUUCGCUGGGUGCUGCUGAGCUUUCAGCUGUCGGCGCCAGUUUGCACCGCGGGGAGGUCCAGUGGAGCGCUGCGCUGCGCAGGUCCACAUGAGACAUCGCCCGAGCUGCUGGGCGCAGAAGGGUCGCCGCUUCCCUCUGGGGUCCAGCAGAGUGCCGAUCUGCGCAGAUCCACUCACGACCUCGCUUCCUCCGGUGCUGCCAAGCUUGCACGUGUCUUUGUUUUCCCAUAACCUUCGAGGGGGCUAGCAGGGUAGCGCGCCAUGCUGGUCGGAAUAGACCUCGCCCUUCUUGGAUGCUAUAAAACCUUGCUUCCUCCACACUUUCUGUAUCCUCUGUCAUGUUUGGUCCGUUUGAACGACCUGAGCGGUUGUCAGCCAGCCGAGCCGGCUAUCACUUGCUCAAAUCUCCCCAGGUUCUUCCCUAGAGUUGAUAUUUAGUUCGACGUGCUCUUCUGGAUCCUUGGACGGCAGGGGUCAGGCCUCCUGCUUCUAUGGAGUUGCUUGCCAGAGGUCACGAGGCGGAUGGGUUCGCCCUCGUCCCUCCUUGUAGGGAGGAAGAAAGGAUGGCUCGAUGCCGUCUUCCCGUUAGCGGAGCUGUGCUGUUUUUUGUUGCUGACAGUGCGGUUCCUACGGUACCUCAGAUACGGCCAUUGUGCCAGAUGGUAAGUUUUGCAUGAUGUGAUCGGGCACGGCAGCUGCUGCAAUCGUAGACCUGAGCGGACGGGCAGUCCCCCCAGAGGCAGGGUGCUCGGCCCGUCUCGUGGCUGACUGUCGGGUCCCUCACUUCUUCCCGGGCUCCUCCCUCGCAGCCUUUUUUGCUUCCGAGCCAGAGACCCGCUGGAGGAGCACUUGCUUAGUUCCUGGGGCAGGCCCGCGUGCCAGCGCAGAGGCUUCUGUGGUGGCCGCGGCGUGCUCUGCCUCUGCGGCUGCGCCCUGGGGGCACCGCGGCUGUGACACGCUGGCGUCGGCAAGCGCUGAGACUGGCAACCCGCAGGGCCCAGGAGCUCUCCGGAGGCCCCCCAGAGCCGUAGGAGGUCCCUAGAGGGUACCGCAUGGGGGUCGCCGCCUCUGGAGGGCCGCGCUCGCCAGGAAGCACUGGGCCCCGCCCUCGUUGCCCGCGCCCUCGCGCUUGCAGUGCCAGCGUGUCAGCUCGUCGGAAGCUCUGGGGUGGCGAAUUUCAGUAAUCAGAUCGUCAGACGUCCGAAAGCCCCCCUCCCUCCGCCGUUAAUGCACGCUUUAAAGCGUUUUUUUUGUCAGGAUGUCCGCUCAGCUCAGUGUCGCGAGUCCCACAGCGCUGUUCAGCCUGUGAUCGUUCCAGCCGCGGCACAGCAGGCCACCGUCCCCCAAACAGUGCUCUCACACCUCGGUGUCCUGACUUCUGC